AUGAAUAGCGCACAAAAGGCCGGAAAGGCACAAAAAAAUAUCACCAAGACCGAUAAGAAGAAGAAGCGCAAGAGGAAGGAAAGCUACGCAAUCUACAUUUACAAAGUACUCAAGCAAGUACAUCCCGACACUGGUAUUUCAUCGAAAGCCAUGAGCAUCAUGAACAGUUUUGUAAAUGAUAUCUUCGAAAGGAUUGCCGCUGAAGCUUCGCGUUUAGCUCACUACAAUAAACGCUCAACAAUCACAAGUCGGGAGAUCCAAACUGCCGUGCGAUUGUUGUUGCCUGGUGAACUUGCCAAGCACGCUGUUAGUGAAGGAACUAAGGCAGUAACCAAAUACACAAGCUCGAAGUAA